GUGUCAACGAAGCGGUCUUAGGACUAGGACGUGUCUUAGGAUGGUCUUAGGACACGUCUUAGUCCUAAGUCAGGUUAACGAAAGUCUCCUAAGUUAAGAUAUGUCCUAAAUUUGGUCCUAAAGUUAGGAUAUAUGAAUAGGUGUCUUAGGAUGGUCUUAGGAUAGUCCUAAGAGUUAUGAUGUCCUAAGUUGAAAUAAAAACAACAAAUAUGGCCGCUGUGUAUGUUCAUGUAAGACGGCGAGCGAAUAAUAUUCGCCGAAACAGAGUGUUUAGGGACAGAGACAAUCCAUUAGACUAUUUGGACGAUGCUGAUAUUGUACGUAAAUAUAGACUUUCAAGACCAAUGAUUCUAGAACUUUGUGGAAUGUUCCAAAAUGAGCUCGCAAGGCCGACUAAAAGGUCCCAUGCAUUUCCUGUCUCAUUACAAAUAAUGGUAGCCCUAAGAUUUUAUGCGACUGGGAGCUUUCAACUGGUUAAUGCUGAUGUCCAUCGUAUUUCUAGAGCUAGUGUUUCUACUAUUACACGUGACGUCACACAAUGUUUGAAAAAUGUAUGCAAUCAAUACAUUUCGAUGCCCACAGAUCAAGCAUCUCUUCAAGCUUUAAAGCAAGGUUUUUAUGACAUUUCAAAUUUUCCAAAUGUUAUUGGUGCUGUUGAUGGUACUCAUGUGCGUAUCAAAAGCCCAGCUGUUGAUGAACACUUGUACGUAAACAGAAAAAAUUACCACUCGCUUAAUGUAAUGGGAGUUUGUGACUCAAACUUGAAGUUUUUAAACAUUGUGGCAAAGUGGCCUGGUAGUACACAUGACUCAUUUGCAUUGCGCAAUUCAAGGCUUUGUGAAAUGUUUGAAGACGGAGACAUAAGCGAUGGAUGGCUUCUUGGGGACAGUGGAUAUCCACUUCGACCUUGGCUCCUAACACCAGUCAUAAACCCAACAACAAGACAAGACCAACGUUACAACAGUUGCCAUAUGAGAACAAGAUGUGCUGUUGAGAGGAGUUUUGGAGUGUUGAAAUCUCGUUUCCGAUGUAUCGACAACACUGCAGGAACAUUGUUGUACAGCCCAGUUAGAUGUUGUGACAUUAUAGUAGCUGUUGUUGUUCUACACAACAUGUGUAUUGACAAUAGAAUUCCUUUGCCUCCAGGAAACGAUAAUCCAAGAGAUCAUGGAAACAUUGGUGGACAGCAAUAUGUUGGUAUCCAAAAUGAUGGUGCAGUUAUUCGUACUAGAUUGAUUAAUAACAGAUUCAACAAUUAAUAAAAAAAAUAUUCUUAUCCUUCUUUUUUAAUCACUAAUGGGUUGUUCAUUGCAUGUAUUCUUGUAUUCUGAUACCUGGAUGACUAUCUCACAGACAUAUAACCAAUAAAAUUUCAUUUGGUGGUACAAAGGAAUUUAACAAUUUUUAGGUUUAAAAGAAAGGAAAAGGAUUCUUAAGGGACACUCAAACUCACAAGUCGAAUAUAAAACUGACAAAGACAUGGCAAAAAAGAAAAAGAAAAUGUCCAAGACAAAUAAGAGUAUACAAAACAAACCAGUAUAGCGAUUAUCAUUGUAAACUUAUAGUUUUCAACGGAAAUUAUCAU